CUGCACUACGGGACCCUCCUGGGCAGCAGAGCUUGUGCCCACAUGGCAGCAGCUGCCUGGACCAGUGCCUUUCUCUACUCACUGCUGCACACAGCCAAUACAUUUUCCCUGCCCCUGUGCCAUGGCAAUGCCCUGGACCAGUUCUUCUGUGAAAUCCCCCAGAUCCUCAAGCUCUCCUGCUCCAAAUCCUACCUCAGGGAACUUGGGCUUCUUGCUCUAAGUGUCUGUGUAGCCUCAAGCUGCUUUGUGUUCAUUGUUUUCUCCUAUGUGCAGAUCUUCAGGGCUGUGCUGAGGAUCCCCUCUGAGCAGGGACGGCACAAAGCCUUUUCCACCUGCCUCCCUCACCUGGCUGUUGUCUCCCUGUUUCUCAGCACUGGCUUUUUUGCCUACCUGAAGCCCCCCUCCAUCUCCUCCCCAUCCCUUGAUCUGGCCCUGUCAGUUCUGUAUUCGGUGGUGCCUCCACUAGAAUCCGAAUCGGAGCUAGAAUCCGAAUCGGAGCUCCCCGAUUCCCUGUUGGACUCAGAGGUUGAAUCCGAGUCCGAGCUGGAAGUCGACUGGUCGAGCAUUUCCGGAGCCCAGAUGACUCUGCCCCAUGAUUUUAGGGCUUUCCCCGAGCCUGAGGACAUGGGCAUGAUGCUCUACGACAGCCUGGCCAUCGCCAUCUUGGACCAUCGUGGAAGGUCUGAGAAAGGGAGGUUUGAAGGGGGGUCCCCAGUUAGAAGUGACCAACAGAUAGAGUUUUCAACACACUGCUUGCUGGUGAAGGGUCUCAAGAAUGGCAAUUUCAACCUGCUAGACAUCUGCUGGGAGCUCAAUACAGCUGAAAAAAGGCAGUCCAGGAAAUUUUUAGAGGGUUUGGAGAACAAGGUUUUUGUCACAGCUGAUGGGUAA